UAACUCGAGCGUGCUAUAGUAACCUUGCAUGGGUAAGGGAGGAAAUUCUCCCGAGAGCUAGGCUACGGUAGAAGAAGGAGAGGAUCGUCAUUAAAAUCCAUCUCCAUCCUCUUCUAGUUUGACGGCGAUGCCAUCCAAAAGCACCAGAACAUAAUAUAUACACUUCAGGCUUUCGGUUGAGUGCAGUAUUGGCGUGUUACGAAAAUCGGGGCGAGAGAAAAGCAAUGGUGAAAACUGGACUGUGAAAGAAGGGCGAAUUUAUCCGGGAGUUGGGGGAGGAGUGUAUCGGAAAGGAGAUAGCUGUAUAGUGUAGUCGCUGGGGCUUCGGUGUUUGUAGGAAGUUAAACCAAGGUUCCACAGAAAGACACGGUUAACGUUUUUUUUUCUUCGGCAAGAUACUCUGCUGACUAAGAAAUUCGGUAAAUAGUGCGAAAACCAUGGAACUGAGAGUAGGGAAUCGGUACAGACUCGGGAGGAAGAUUGGAAGCGGAUCCUUCGGCGAUAUAUAUCUGGGCACAGACAUUUCAGUCGGGGAAGAGGUGGCCAUCAAGCUGGAAUGCGUGAAGACGAAACACCCUCAGCUCCACAUCGAGAGCAAGAUCUACAAGAUGAUGCAGGGCGGUGUCGGCAUUCCCACAAUCAAAUGGUGUGGCGCUGAAGGCGACUACAAUGUCAUGGUCAUGGAGCUGCUGGGGCCCAGCCUGGAGGACCUGUUCAACUUCUGUUCCCGCAAGUUCAGCCUGAAGACCGUGCUUCUGCUGGCCGACCAGAUGAUCAGCCGCAUCGAGUACAUCCACUCCAAGAACUUCAUUCACCGGGACGUCAAGCCCGACAACUUCCUAAUGGGCCUGGGGAAGAAGGGCAACCUGGUCUACAUCAUCGACUUCGGCCUGGCCAAGAAGUACCGCGACGCCCGCACCCACCAGCACAUCCCCUACCGCGAGAACAAGAACCUGACGGGCACGGCGCGCUACGCCUCCAUCAACACGCACCUGGGGAUAGAGCAGUCCCGCCGUGACGACCUGGAGUCCCUGGGCUAUGUGCUCAUGUACUUCAACCUGGGCUCGCUGCCCUGGCAGGGGCUCAAGGCCGCCACCAAGAGGCAGAAGUACGAAAGGAUCAGCGAGAAGAAGAUGUCCACCCCCAUCGAGGUGCUAUGCAAGGGCUACCCCUCCGAGUUUGCCACAUACCUCAACUUCUGCCGCUCCCUGCGUUUCGAUGACAAGCCGGACUAUUCGUACCUGAGGCAGCUUUUCCGCAACCUGUUCCACAGACAAGGCUUCUCCUACGACUACGUGUUUGACUGGAACAUGCUGAAGUUUGGGGCCAACAGAGCGGCGGAGGACGCUGAGCGUGAGCGCAGGGACCGGGAGGAGAGGCUGAGACACAGCAGGAACCCCGGGGCCAGGGGCGUCCCCUCCGCCUCCGGCCGGCCCAGGCCGACUCAGGAAGGAGCGCCCGCGACCCCGCUGACCCCGACCUCUCACACCGGCGUCGAGCGAGAGAGGAAGGUGAGCAUGCGGCUGCACCGUGGCGCCCCAGUCAACAUGUCGUCGUCUGACCUGACCGGCCGGCAGGACACCUCCCGCAUGUCCACCUCACAGAAUAGCAUUCCCUUCGAUCACCACGGCAAGUAGCUGCUCGCCACGUUCUCGUGUGAAGGCAGCACUGGAUCCUGUCUCGCGUGAACCCCAGCGCUCUCCACUCUGCUGUACCUCGAUGAGACAUCUCCACGCACAACAAAGGACGGGCAACGCAUGGCUGAUGGUCACUACUACUCCCCCUACAGCCUCAACUCUGCAACGACCACGGAACAUCAGUCCUGUACAGAGCCAGUCUGUCUUCAAAGCCCGACUAAAUGGAACCACCUAAAGGCCUUUCGUUUGGAACACACACGCUCGCUCGCCCGCCCGCCAUCGCUGAGUGGGCUCCGAAGAAGGCCACAGUCUCAGCUCCCUCCACCUCUUCCUCCUCUUCUCCGCACUGGUGUCCUGACUAACUGCCCCCCCCAUAAUCUUCAAAGGAGGUUCACCGUGUUUCCCGUCACUGAUGAUCGGCGCCAUUUCUGUCCCCAGCCAUGCUAACCCUGCUGUGUCCUGAUACGUUAAAUGAAAUCUCCUUCGGUUUCUUUUGCCCCCCACCCCCAUGUUAAGUAUUAAAUUAUACAAGCCAUGUUCUAUUUAGAUCGGUAGCGUGUUGGUGUGUGACUUUUGUCUGAAUGAAGAGAACUGAAAAGGGUUCAUUAAAAUUGUUGCUUCUGAUUCAGUUCUCCAAAGACCCAGAAAGAUUGUGUUUCAGGUUAAGUAUUUUAACACUAUUUAUUGUUUUAAAGGUUUGUUUUUAGCCCCCCGUAAUUCCAUUGCUGUUAAGGAUAGGGUGCCUCUUCUAGGCACUGGUGGUUACUACUGUGCAGCAAAGCCUGCAAACCAUGGACAUGGACUGAUGGAUGCUCAUCUUGGAGACCCUUCAGUGGUGUGAGGAACUCAAAUGUGAAACAGGUUCCCACACUGCACCCCCACCCCGCUUUUCCAGCACCCAUUUUGGGUCACCCUGAGGGUUUUGGCCGCCAUCGUACUGAUGGCGUAGCGGAUACAGUUCUUUCGACUGUUGCUGUACAAAUAUUCUGCAUUCCUUUUUUAUUUCGAAGCUGUGAAAUAUCUGUAAUAUACAAAUGUAAAUGCUUUCCACUGGCUCUGUGGUGAGCUGGCGUGCCGCCUUGGGCCCGCCGUGUGGAGCUGGGGUGCCCAGCGUGAGCGUACUGGCCCAGCCCCACCAGCACCUCAGUGCCCUCAGUGCCACUCUGAUGGAGGGCGUCUCUCUACACAGCUGGCAAAUGAAGACUCCUCGGCAUUUGGGGGCCACCCUAGCAGAAGCGUGGAGCACACGUUCCUGUAGCAUUAAACGCAUCUUUUUUCGCCCCCCUUUUUUUAAAAUAUAUUUUAAUUUCCUUUUUUGGGUCAGAUACAUUCUCGCAUGUCAGAGGCUUUCAGUUCCUGCAGAUUUUUUUUUUUUUUCCCCAUUGAACCACUGCUGGUUGCACGUGGAGGCUGGUAAGUGCGUUUGGGGAGAACUGAAAGCCAAGCUGACUGCAGGUGAGUGGCUGUCAAAUCUCUGGUCGUGGUCGGGGAAUGUGGGUGGGUGCAUAUAGGGCCUGUGACGGCUUGGUGCCAUUUAGCGAGGGCAUCGCCUAGUAAGGGUAAGUGUUAGUGUAUAGUCUGAAGAUAUUAAUCGCCAGUGUGGAGUCGACACUUGGAGUGGGACAGGAGCGGUGCUUUUGUUGGGUUAGGGGGAUGAUUCACUCCAUACUCGUCUUGUUUAGUAGUUGGCCGGCCGGUGUUCUCAGUGAAUGUUCCUGCACUGAUUAAGAGGCACAUGCACUAAGUCUUUGCGUUCUUCUUUUUUCUGGAUUUUGUUCAAUGGUGGCAGAUUUCAGAGCUUUGGGCUUGGACCUCUGCCGUCUCCUGGUAGUACGCGAUGGGUAUUGCGACGAGCAGCUUGUUCAGGCGAUGCAGUCCGUCUGGCCCCAGGGGCCUCCGCUGUGUUUUUCCUCCUCCUUGCCCCUCCUCCUCUGUUUAUUCCUUAGUUUAGGCCCCAUGGGACAGUCAGGCCCCACCUCCCGCCAUCACACUGCUGUACCUUCUGUAAUUAUGGUAAUCUCCCAGCUUUGUAAUUUUGUUUUCCUCAUUUGUAUUGCCACUGUAUUUGUGUACUUUUAAAAUUGUGUAAAUAAAUUAAGAACUUGUACUUUU